AUGACACUGGGUUGGUGGGCAUGGUCGCAAGUGAUUGGCUCUUUCUUUCUCUUCUUCAAUUCAUGGGGCGUUAUCAACACAUGGGGUGCUUUCCAAACGUACUACGAGCAGAAUCUACUGUCUGAUAUGUCCUCCUCCUCCAUCGCUUGGAUUGGAUCCCUGCAAUCUUUUCUUCUGAUGCUGUUCGGUGUUGUGACGGGUCCGCUUUUCGAUGCGGGCUAUUUCCGUUACCUCCUCUCUUUUGGUGGCAUCAUGCUUCCUUUCGGCCUGAUGAUGACCAGUAUCUCCUCCAAAUUCUGGCAUUUGAUUCUCGCCCAAGGCGUGUGCAUUGGUCUGGCCGCCGGAUGCCUCUUUGUCCCGUCGGUGGCAUUGUUGCCCCAAUACUUUAAGCAGCGAAGAGGGCUGGCCAACGGUCUUGCAGCCUCGGGAAGCAGCAUUGGUGGAGUGAUCUAUCCGAUUAUGUUCAACCAGCUCCAGCACAGCGUCGGCUUCCCAUGGGCAACUCGUGCGGUGGGUUUCCUGUCUUUUGGAACCUGUUGCAUCUCGUUCUGCCUGAUGCGCCUGCGGUUCCAACCCAAGGAGAAGCGCAAGCUGCUCCAACUCUCGGCAUUUAAGGAGCCGCCGUUCGUUUUGUUCUGCAUUGCCAUGUUCCUAGGAUUUCUGGGAUUCUAUAACUUCUUGUUCUACGUGCAGUCUUACGCCAUCGACACUGGUAUCGUCGACGCGAAAUUGGGCUUUUACUUGCUCUCGAUGCUGAAUGCUGGAUCGACUUUCGGACGAAUUUUGCCCAACUUCCUCGCUGACCAUAUCGGCCCACUGAACGUUCUUACGCCUGCCGCUACGAUAACGUCCAUCCUCGCCUUCGUCUGGAUCCGUGUCCACACUGUGCCGGGCAUCAUCGUCCUGUCCGUCCUCUAUGGUCUCUUCUCCGGUGGUUUUGUUUCACUCCCACCGGUUGUGAUGGCUAGCUUGACCAAGGAUAUCCGCACCCUGGGAACCCGGCUCGGCAUGCGCGGUAUUCUUGUCUGUGAGGCUGUCUCGCACUGGGCUUAG